UUCACUCACUCGCGGAGAUACCCGGAUGAUGGGCGACCGAAGGAGGCUGAAAGGCGGCUGCCAAGUGCAGCAAUAGCGUUCCCGCUCCUCUAGGAAGCGGAAGCGGCCGUUUCCUCCCGAGUCGGAACGAGAAGGAGAAGCAGGCCGACUCCCAUCGGACGGACGAUCCUUGUUUGUGAUGCUCACGUCGUGGCCUGAUCCGCGCGGCCAUGUCUCCUGAUGAGCCGGCCACCGACUGAGGAAGACUAGCCUCAGCCAGCUCUGCAUCCUCUUCCCAAUCCAGAGUCUCAGCCAAUUCAACAUACCGGUACGUUGUAGCAGCCACGAAAACAAAGUUUCCAGAGUAGAACAACUACUUUCAAAGCAGGCCCCACAGAGCUAGCGGCAUGGUGGUAGUCACAGGGCAGAACAAAGCCAGCGGACGCCCCUCCGCCGGUGGUGCCAUGUCCAGCUCCGAGGCUGAGGAGGACUUCCAGGAGCCGGCCACCCCGACAGCCACCCAACCCCAACACCCCCUGCCCCUCCUGCCCCAACAGUUCCCGGAGGUGGUGGCGCUGAACGUGGGGGGCGUGCCCUUUGCCACCCGACUGUCGACGCUGCGGCGCCACGAGGACACCAUGCUGUGGGCCAUGUUCAGCGGACGCCACUACAUCCCCACCGACGCAGAGGGCAGAUACUUCAUCGACCGCGAUGGGACCUACUUCGGGGAUGUGCUGAACUUCCUGCGUUCAGGGGACUUGCCUCCGCGGGAGCGCGUGCGCUCGGUCUACAAGGAAGCCCAGUACUAUUCCAUCGGCCCGCUGCUUGAGAGCCUGGAAGAGCUGCAGCCCCUGAAGGGGGAGAAGGUGCGCCAGGCCUUCUUGGGACUCAUGCCCUACUACAAAGACCACCUAGAGCGCAUUGUGGAGAUUGCCAAGCUGCGGGCGAUGCAGCGCAAGGCCCGCUUUGCCAAGCUGAAGGUGUGCGUCUUCAAGGAGGAGAUGCCGGUGACGCCUUAUGAGUGCCCGCUCUUCAACUCGCUGCGCUUUGAGCGAGGAGGGGACGCUGGCGGUGGGGAUGGCGGGGGCCCCCUCUUUGAGCACCACUGCGAGGUGGACGUUUCCUUCGGCCCCUGGGAGGCCGUUGCUGACGUCUACGACCUGCUCCACUGCAUCGUGACUGACCUCUCCGCCCGCGGCAUCGCCGUCGACCACCAGUGCAUCGGGGUCUGCGACAAGCACCUGGUCAACCACUACUACUGCAAGCGGCCCAUCUACGAAUUCAAGAUCACGUGGUGGUGAGGAUGACACCGAGGAUGCCAUCUUGGGAAACACAGACACGCUAUGCACCAACGCACCUGCGCCGCCGGGAAAGAAACCUACGGGAGCCUCUUUGGUGCUUUCCGGAGGGAGAACACGUGCACUUCUCCUCAUUGCCUUGCGCUCGCCCCUCGCCUUCACCACAGGGUCUUCUGCGUCCGAACCGCUUUGUUCAGCCUCCGCAGACAGGAAGUCAUACAUUUUUAACACAAAAGAGGAGGAACUUGUGGACGAUCACAUCCUGGACCUUGCGUAUUAUGUUUUAUGUCUUAUGGCCGUGACGGACCAGUGCAUUCUGGGAGCGUCAAGACCGAAAUGAAGGAGCCAUGGGCAAUUCGAUAUGCAAAUUGCAUUUUUGUUUCCCUUCUUGUCUCUUUUCUUUCUUUCUUCUCACCGUCCUUUCUUCGUCUUCCCUUUUUUCUUCUUUCUUUUCAUCCCUCUCCUUUCUCUUCCUUCCUUCCCUUUUUCUUUUGUUCUUUUCUUCCUCCUCCUUUGCUUUUUUGCAUACUUUCCCCUCUUUCUCUUCCAUGAUUUUUCUCUUUCCCUCCUUUUUUUGUCCAUUUUUUCUUUCUCUGUCUUUCCUCCCCUUUCCUUUUUCUUCCUUMUGACCCUUCUUUUUCUUUCUUCCUCCCCUCUUCUUUCCCCCCUUUCUUUCCUUUUCAUCCUUCCUUUCUUUCUUCCCUUGCUUUCCCUCAUAUACCUCCUUCCUUUCGUUUCUCAUUCCUCCUUUUUCUUCUCAUUCUUCCAUUCCUUAGUACCUUCUUUCUUCCAUUCUUUCCCUUUCUUUCUUUCCUCUUCUCAUAACCUUCCCCCCCUUUUAUUUCCUUCCUUCCCUCCUUUUUCACUUUUCUGUUUCUUUUCUGAYCCUUGAUUUUGUCUUUCAUUCUUUCCAUCUUCCCUUUCCCUCCUAGUMCCCCUUCCUUCCUUCUCACCUUCCUUCCUUUCUCUUCUUUUCUUCCUUCCUUYUUCCUCUUUCUUUCCUUCCCUCCCUUUGUACCUUUUCCUUUUUUAAUUCUUUCUUCCCUUUCUUCUUUAUUUCUUUCUUUAUUUAUUUCUUAUCUUCCUUCCCUUCAUACCUUUCCCUGUUUCCUUUCUCUUCUUUCCUUCUUUCUUCCUUUUUCUCCCCCCCCUUUCCUUCUUUCUUUUCCUUCCUUCCCUUCUUUUUCUUUCUUCCUCUUUCCCUUCUUUUUCCCUUUCUUUCUUAUUCUUUCCUCCCCUCCCUUCAUACCAUUCUCUUCCUUUCUCUUCCUACACUUUAUUUUUCUUUCUUCCUUUUUCUCUUCUUUAUUUCUUUCUCUAUCCUUCCUCCCCUCCCUUCAUCUUUUUCCCAUUCUUUUCUCUUCCUUCCUUUCCUUCUUUUUCAUUCUUCCCUUUCCCUUUCUUUUUUUCUUUCCUCCGCUACCUUCAUCUUUUCCCCUUUCCUUCUUUUCUUCCAUUUUUUUCUUUCUCCUCCCUCCUUUCUCUUCCUUUUUCUCGAAACCUUGCAAUUGUUUUAAGCAGACCAAUAGAGAAUGUUUUUUUCCAAGUUUUGGUCCAAAUCCUUCAAACCGUGCAGCUUGAUGUUUAUUUAUAUGAAGAAUUGAUAAAACUGCUCACUUGUAUAAGCUGACGACUGUUAUUUAUAUAAGUAUAAUUAUUUAACACUUUCACUAAUCAGAAUAAAUCCCAUAGGCUUCAGUGAGGCCUAGUCACCAAGAAAGUAUUAUUAUUAUUAUUAUUAUUAUUAUUAAUUUGGAAGUGAUAGAUGGUGAUAAAUCCAUUGAUUUGUCAAGAUAUAAAGUGUAUUUAAUUGCUUUGUGUCAGUGUCGUGCAAUAAAUCCUCUCACUCCAUGGA